UUAACUUAUUGAACAACUUCGUGUAGUACAGCAUCUAAAGUAGUGUUUCAUGGUAUCAAUUGUCAAAUACAAAUUUGUAGAAUUUAGGAUGUUCCAUAUACAGUGGGGAGCAGUUUCCCAAUCUCGGGGGAGAGGACAAAGGAUUGACAGUCCUUUUAGAGAGAUGGAGAUGGAAAUGAACAGUUUCAGAAAUGCUGCUGUGUCCAAUUUCUUUGGUGAGCAUGAUCCUUUAACAGCAUCUUUUGAGGAUGAAAUCGAGAAUCUCAUAGAUAACUCAAGGAACCUCAUGUCAAUGUUGCCGGUUAUACCUUCUGAUCGAAAUGUUACUAGGCGUGGCCAGGGUGCUCCUAGAAGAUACCGGAGAAACAGAAAUUCUGAUGGAAACGUUUUUGAAUUAUCUGAGCCUGGUAUUGUCCAUCCCCGACAAGAGGAGUUCAACUCUAAUACCAGACGCCGUGGUAAUACUCUCCGCAACUUUCUUGAUCGCAACAAUCAUGUGUUUCCAGCUCCUCAAUCUGACAGACGAGUGUGGUAUGAUCCAAAUGAACCAACUCCAGAAAACAGAAUACCUCACAUACCUCCACGUGUGUUGACUCUAGCCCAGAUCAAUCGUAUACCAACCAAGAAAGUUACCAAAGCUGGCGGAAGCUGUGACAUAUGCUUAGAUGAUUUCCAGAAGGGAGAAACUACUAAAGUUCUGAACUGCAAACAUGAUUACCAUUCUAAAUGCGUUGAUCCUUGGUUGAAGCAACACACGACAUGCCCAAAAUGUCGAAGACAGGUUCGUGCUCCUCCUGACAAUAAAAACCGUCCUCCUCGACCAGUUCCUCCUCCCUGUCCUGCUAGGGAACGCGCAAGAGCUUAUGAUAGAGAGCGCCGUGGCAGAGUUGGAAUAAUUGAAGCAACCCAGCAACAAAACAUUGAAACAGCAGCAAAUGAAGUUGAAACUGCUCAAAAUAGAGCAGAAGUGCAAACUGUGGUUGAUUUGCCUUCAGUUGAAAAUCCUUCGCCUAGAGUCUCUCCCAGAGCAGCCACUAGACUCACUACAGAGUUUCCUGUGGUAGAAAGUGUACCCGCUCCACCAGAGCAGAAUGCAGACACAACCACUGCACAAGUCACUGAUGGGAAUGAUCUAACAUCCUCUGAACCGAGGGAAUAGUGGGUUCAAAAAUGAAGUCAGAUCAAAUAAGGAAAGUUUGCAAUUGUUUUCUGGUUGUUUUCUGGUUGUUUACCAUUCCAUAGUGACAUUGACACUAUACGCUGCGCUAGUUAUAGUGCAGUGUACCAUAUUCAGAAUAACAGCACAACUGCUUGUUUGUAUAAUCAUGUAUUAAGUUAUUAGUAGUAAACAAUAUUUUAAUUUUGAUCAGAUAUAAUGGGUUUAUUGGGUACCUUCGACCAGAUGAGAACUUCAUGCAGUGACUAAUCGUGUUAACCUUAGUUAAAUGCUUGUAGACAUAUUAUGUAAAAUGUAGAUACUUGUACAUGUUUUUAGAAAUUUUGGUUUUUACUAAAUUAACCAAAGGCAAAGACUAAUUGUUUUUCAAUAUUUAGCAUUUGAAUAGACACUGCCUUUCAUAACUGUCCUAAGAGAUGUAGGUAAAUGUGUUUUGUGUUCUGUGAACAUAAUUUUAAAAUUUAUUGCCUUCCCUUGGCCUUGUAAACAUGUUGGUUUUUUGUUGUUGCAAAAAAUGCUAAUUUUUAUAUUAUUCCUUGAUGCAGAUCACACUGUUAAUUUAAGA